AUGGCUAUAGAUAUAUCUGAACUACCGGACAUUAUACAGAGGCGGACUAUCUCCUUCUAUGCUGUACUGCUUUUUCUCGUAGCUCCUCUUUGGUGCGCUGUUCCUCUAGCAUGGGCUUUCGUGAUUUACACGCUUCACACCGGAAGAAUAUGGUCUUAUUCUCUGUUUGGAUUGACUUUCUUUGCCAUCGCACUUUCUGAGGUAAUAUUCAGUGUCUAUCACUUUCAUUUGACGCGACGAUUGUCUGUGCCUUCCGAUAAUGGGCACGGCAGUAUACCUGAGAUUCAAAUUGCUUUCAAAAGAAUCCUGAAAGCUGGUCUCGCGAAUCUGCCGUCGAAUGGAUAUGACGAGGAGACCUUGGACGAAGAGCGACCGGGCAGUCCGGAGGAGGACAUUGUUCAACUUGAACAGGACGACCAUCGUGCCAUUGACUUUCGUAACACGCUUCGCACAUGGUUUGGAAGACGACCUUGGUCAACAGUCAGGCUGCACGAAGUCCGACAAUGGAUUUACUGGUCCAUUUUCAACAAGGAUUUGCCGGAGCUUGGACAAAUUCCUCAAACGCACAGGGUCGUUCUUGAUGAUACUAUUGAGCUUCUACAAAAACGUCUUGGUAAACGCAUUCCGGAGGGUAGUGAUAUCAGCUGUAGACCCAUUCUACUUAAUAUCGAUAAAGCCGUUGUCUUCUGGCGUCCAUUCACUUUCUAUGCCUUUACGGCCGUGGCCAAUCUAUGCCUUGAUCGCUGGUAUCAGAGGAACCAUGGUUUCUCGCGCGGAAAUUAUGAUGGGCUCGAGUUCUUGGUUCGCAUCCCAAAGAAUUGGAAACCCUUGCGAGAUCCGCGUCCUGUAGUGUUUCUCCAUGGUCUCGGACUUGGACUCUUCCAGUACCAUAAUUUUCUGUCUCAUUUGGUUCAAGAAUUUCGUGAUCGUCCGCUUCUCGUUGUGCUCCAGCCACACAUCAGUCAGCAAAUAUUUCACCCUAAAUAUCUCGCUCCAAUGCCGAGGAAGCAGACAACAAAAACCCUGGCUACUCUACUGGCUUCUUUCGAUUGGACUGAUUUUGAACCAAAUACCAACCCAAAUACUUCAGAAGACGAGGUGAACCACGCUUCCGUUACCCAAAGUCGCCGACGAAUCGGGGUUACGAUGCUCAGUCAUUCAAAUGGAUCUUACUGUCAUGCAUGGAUGCUUAAGGACUACCCGCAUAUGGUUACCCGCUCAUGUUUUGUCGACCCAGUCACCUUCUGCGGUUGGGAAGGCGACGUUUGUCGGAAUUUUCUCUACAAACCUUGCUACACCGGUACUGAGUUACUGGUGCGGUACUUUGUAGGCACUGAACUCGGAGUUGUCAACUUGUUACAAAAGAACUUUGAUUGGUCCAGUAAUUCUCUAUGGUAUGAAGAAAUACCCAACGCCCGUGAUCCCUCCAAAACUCUUUUCUUACUUGGAGAUAAAGAUAGCAUCAUUGCGCCUUCGCGGGUGAAGCUUUACUUGCGUUCUCAUGGGGUACGCAAAGGUCUUUGGUGUGAUCCAAACGGACGCCAUGGACAGGCUUUACUUGCCGGAGGAGAGGGGUGUAAGGUUGUGUAUGAAUGGCUAAAGGAGCGCGAGUGUUGA